CGGAGCCUUUCCGGUGGAACAGUCUCUCGCGCCUACAGUGGUGGAAUCGAACGUCCCCGAGCGCACACGGCGUAGAGGAGAGUACGGCGCACGAGUCUCUGGAAGGAAGAUAACGGUUUCUUUUUUUGCCCCCUCUCCACUCAAACAACAAGAACAAACCAAAUCUGAAUUUUUAGGGGGGUUUACAGAGUCUUCUCAUCUCAAGGAGGAGGGAAGCGAGGGAUUGGAUCCGCAAGUUUUUUUUCUUUUUCGUUUUUUUUUCUCUUUUUCCUAAAAGAGGAUUCUGUGUUUCGCGGUGGUUUGUUCUCCGUUCUCGCCGCAAAGAUGAUGGUCGGAGAGGUCGAAGUGAAGGAGCGACCGAGGCCGAGUCCCGACUAUUUGAUGCAAUUAUUAAACGAGAAGAAGCUCAUGACCAGUUUGCCAAAUCUCUGCGGCAUCUUCACACACCUGGAGAGGCUUCUCGAUGAAGAGAUCAACAGAGUGCGUAAAGACAUGUACAGCGAUACAGUGAAUGGCCUUGUGGAGAGACACCCUCUGGAGCUGCCUGAGCCUAUCGGACCCAUCGUCCACCUGCAGGAAAAACUGUUUGUGCCUGUCAAAGAGUACCCUGAUUAUAACUUUGUGGGGAGAAUCCUUGGCCCUCGGGGACUCACAGCCAAACAGUUGGAAGCAGAGACGGGAUGCAAAAUCAUGGUGCGAGGAAAGAGCUCCAUGAGAGACAAGAAGAAGGAGGAGCAGAACAGAGGGAAGCCAAACUGGGAACACCUAAAUGAAGACCUUCAUGUCCUGAUCACAGUGGAAGAUUCACAGGCCAGAGCUGAGAUGAAGAUGAGGAGAGCAGUGGAGGAGGUCAAGAAGCUCCUUGUACCUGCUGCGGAGGGAGAAGACAAUUUGAAGAAGAUGCAGCUGAUGGAGCUAGCGAUUCUCAAUGGGACAUACAGAGAUAACAACAUCAAAGCACCCACCCUUGCAUUCUCUCUUGCAGCAGCGGCAGCAGCCGCUCAGGGCCCCCGUCUCAUAGCGGCCCCCACAGGUCAGGUGUUGCCUCCCCAGGCACUCCGGCCCCCAACACCAGCUGGGGCCCCCAUCAUGAACCUCAUCCGGCCCACUCAGAUGGCUGCCAUGUUGCCCAAUGGCACGCCCACCCUGGUGCCUCCCACACCGGAUGGCGGGCUUAUCUACACCACCCCUUACGAGUACCCUUACGCCCUGGCACCCACCUCCCUGCUGGAGUACCCCAUCGAGCACAGUGGGGUUCUAGGUAAGAGAGCCUGGGGAAGCAUGGGUGCAGCAGGUAUUGCGGCCAACUUUAGCCAGCCUGGACAUGAGGGCAGCUUUUUUUACCCCGGAGGGGUGCUGGACGCAGCUUCCAUGAGCCACAGUCAGGACUUGUUGAAAGGUGCAAUGGCUACUAAAGUGAGACGGCAUGACACGCGGGUCCAUCCUUACCAAAGGAUUGUGACCGCUGACAGAGCCGCCACCGGCAACUAACACAUGACCUUCUGACCUCUGAACUCUUCACCCAAUGACGAGCCGCCCCAAGCCUGCCUGCUGAUCAGUUAACUGGUAAUUGCCUUUUGCUAGCCUCUCGGACGCAAGUGAGAGAGAGAGAGAGAGAGAGAGAGAGAGAGAGGCGCCUGCCCGUACAGUUACCCUAACACGUUCUGACAAAAAAUAGAAACCAACGCAGAAUCUUCACAGAAACACAACAAAACCCAACAAAGUUGUGUAAUAUUCAUUUUUUCCCUCUGUUCAUUGAGUUCAGUUCCCAUUCUUUCUCUUUCUUUUUCUUCAUGAAUCAUAUACUGGGUGGAUGUGUUUGUGGUAUUACUCAUAAAUCUGCACUGAAUUAUAUAGCAAUAAAGACCCCCACCCCAACCUGCCCACCCACCCCCUUUAAUUGCUCUAAUUUGGUGACCUCACUUGUGUGAAUCAAAGUUAAAUAUCAAUUUGACGCAAACCAUUUGGUUUCAGAUGUAUGACAUAAUCCCUCUCAAAUGUGCCCCUACCUGCUCCCACCCUGUUCCAACACCCACCUAUUGGGAGAGAAAAAGAAAUGGAAGGAAAGAGAACAUACACUCACAUUAACUUGUUUAAUUUCUGUCAUUUUUCACAUGUAGUACAGUUGUUGAGCUCUAAGAUGUAAUUAUGAGCUGACACAUUCUGGGUGUGCACCUCCAAACAGCUUUCUGUCUGUUUUUAAAAAAGCAUGGCUGAAAUGAUUGCAAAAGGAGCUUUUUAUGAUUUAUGUGUUUUUUUCUUCUGUCUUGGGUUAUUUAUUUUUUUUUUUUCUUUACUUUUUAGAGUCAUUUUCUCCACUUGAUUUUGGUUUCUCUGUUGUUCAUAUUUGACUAAUUAGCUUUGCUUAAAUUGACUAGCCAAAAUAAGGCAGGUGGUUAACUCUGGAAAACAAAACGCAAUCUGACGUUUGAAGCAGGCUGCAGAAAGUAAGAAAUAAUGACGGGCAAGAUGGGGGAAGGUCACUAUUUGGGUUGAUGGGUUUGUGUGUGUGUGUGUUUUUAAUUAAUACUACAAUGAAAGUAGGGUGUGCUGAGGCUUCGGGGACAUUGGAGCAGUGCUUAUUAGCCACUGACCAUUGCUACGCCCCCAUCCACACUACAUCCAUUAUAUAGUGCCUGAUGUAUUUAGAAAAAUAUCUCAAUGAGUUAGCUGAGCUGUGAUUGAAAAGACAAAAAAAAAAGUAUUAAGUGUGCAUAUUUAGCCAAAGGGUUUUCCAAUGAAUUAUAUAUCUGCAAUUAUGCAUCUGUCUCACAGAGGGUUCUCUUUGUGAGUUUAGAGUUUGGAAAGGUGUGAAUUUGUGGUACCUGCCUUCAGCUGGAACAGACAGCCAGUCAUUUAGAUGAUUUUUGACCCAUCAAUGCUCUAUUUUUUCUGAGGAGGCGAACGCAGGCAUUUAACACUAAAUCAACAUGCUUCUCAAAUACAGUACAUUGCUAGAGGGAAGGGCACUUUGAAGUUCUGUACAUAAAUGCUUUUGUCAUAAUACCUGGCAACAAUAUUCAGUUGUUUCAUCAGCCACAUUGCCAAAAGAGUGUUUAUUUUGUUUAUUUUUCAUUUUUGCAUCUCAACAUUUUUUUGUGUAUUUUUAUUUUUAACCCCAGUUAAAAUCAGUUGGGACAUCAGGUGGGCAUAAUCUGAGCCUUCCUGCAAAUUAGAAAAAUAUUUUUUUAGUUUGAAUUAUUUUAGUGACAUGACAAGCCAUCCAAAAGCGCAUCCACAAUGUGUCACACCUCCCUGUGAUCGUAGUCUAGCUCCUGAGCCCACAAUCUUUUGUUCAACUCUCUCAAGAAAAAAUAGGAUGUGAAAGCCAUGCCUGCCUGUUCAAAUUGCUUUAUACAUACGUCUUAUAUAUAUAUAUAUAUAUAUAUAUAUAUAUAUAUAUAUAUAUAUAUAUAUAAAUAUAUACAAAUGUAGAUAUCUGUCAUUGCAUAUACAAAUACAGAAGAGAACAAAAAAUAGAUAAUUUUACAGGGUGCUGGAGAAGAGAAAAAAAUUGAAAAAUCUAUUUUUGGCAAUUUUAGCUUUUGAUACUUUACUUGCAGUUACAAAAUCAGAAAAAAAAUACAAUUUAAAAAAAAAAAAGAAGUUUAAAACAGUAUGGGGGGGAAAACUGAGUGGGUGAGGAAAAAGUGCUGUUACCUUGGAUAUGAUUGGAAAGAAAGAUGAAGACCAAAACAGUUGUAACCCUUGAAAAGUUAGCGAGGAUCAGAGCGAGACAGACGCCUAGAGAGUUUUAAAAAGAUCAAAUCAAAGUGCCUUAUCAACAGUGGUUUCUGUUUUCUGAGUAUUCCAGUUGUUUUCAAUAAUAUCCAGCACCCACCGAGAUGGCGCAGAGAGGAAUGGCUAGUGUUACACGCUCUGAAUAGUUGAGCAGGGUAGCUCCCACCAUAUCGUGGUGUUACCGAAGUUAUUCUAUGCAAAAAGAAUAGCAGUCGUUUUGACCAGCUAAAAUAUGUGCCAUGGUUUUGUCUUCCUGAAAUUUUUCUUUUUUUCUUUUUCCUUGACUUGAUGGCCCUUUACUCUGCUGUAUGUGCAGGUUUUGUUCUCUUUUUAUUUAGAUUUUAAUGAUCAUAUGAAAUAUUGUCUUGAUUUUUGGUGACUGUGACUUACUUCCUAGAACAAAUUGAACUGCCAAUAGCAACGCAGUAGUCCGCCAGAACAUGUUUUGAUCAUGAGCUGAGAAAAAUACAUAACAUUCAAGGGAACGGAUAUGAAAGGGGAGGUCGUCCCCGUUGGCAUUAAGCCCGCUUGUUUCAAUAGCUGCAAACUGAAAGCAAUCCCAUCCAUGUCUCUCCAUGUCAAUUUGACAACAAACUAUCAAUACAAUCACGAGAUUUAUAAUGGACAAAUGAAAUGCUGGAUAGUGAAACAAGCAACUCCAUUUCGCAGCCAAAUAUUUUUCAGUUAUUGAAACAACUGACAGUUUAUUGCUGGAAAGUGAAAUAAACUCAUAAUAUUAAAUUGAGGAAUUCUUAAUCCCAAUAUUACCCUUGGCAGUUUGUUUUUCUAUUCAUAGCUCUUUCAUCAUGCUGUUACACCGAAAGGUCAAUGAAUUUUUCUUUUUCAGUGUUAUUAUUUUAAAUUGAAAUGCAAUAUUAAAGUGGAGCAAGAGAUGGCUAUUCAGCAUUUGACAGUAUUAAGAAAAUCCUUCUGCAAUGUUACAACUUGCUGUGUCAUUGUGAAAGGCUGGAUAAGUCCAUCAGGUGAAAGGUUAACUCUAUACCUACCGUAUUCUCUCUGGCCUGCCUACUACAUGUAUGAUAAUGUAAUUAACAGCCAUUGUUACAGGUUUAUAAUGUAUUUUUCUAAUCUCAUUUUAUAUGUAUAUUAAUCAUGUUUCUGAGUGCUUUUUUUUUUUAUGAAACCCACUGCAACUUUUCCCUCCCUAAACAACCCUCUGUUUCCCCCCUCCCCCCUUCUCUUUUACAUCUUGAAAACUGUCUCUUGUGGGGAGUGUUGCCUUUUCCCUGUUAUAUUUUGUUUUCUUGCCAAUUCCCAGCUUGUUUAACUCAUUAGCUACUUUAUUAGUUUUCUUGUCAUAAGUAUUUUUACAUGCUUGCAUUUAGUUUUCAUGGUGUAUGCUGUUAUUUUUCUUAUUAACCUCUUGGCAUUUAUUUUAAUAAAACAUUCUUAGUAAGAAUUUUACUAACUUGCUGAUAUUUUGUCUUGUGUUUUUAACCAGUUUCAUGAAUGUAUUACCUCGGUCUGGUUCACGGACUAACACAAUUAAAACUGGUGUCUGGCCACCACUCACACUGACUGAUUGACACGCACACUACAUAAACACACACACAAACACUAGUCAACUGCACAUAUAUACUCUACAUACAAUUACUCAACACACGCAACCUAACUAGAAACUGCACGAGUUGAAUAAGCGUCCCUCACUCCCGCUCACGCACUCUCACCUCUGUGCUGGACAAUUCUGCUGACACUCUUCAUACUUGCCCUCCCCGCUCAGUUCCAACACCACUGCUGUGUCUCGUCGUCUCUGUUAGAGACAACUCUCUUGUUAGCUGUCCUGUCCUUCUGUGUCACUGACCCUGUGAGACAGCAGGAAGUGUUGGGGGGAGGGUGUAUAAGCUGCACGUUACUUGGGGUCUCUGGUUAACUUCUGGGUGAGCUGUUCCCUCUUCAACAAAGCACAUUCGUGAUUAAAAGGGUGAUUUGUCUGCACACAAUGGUUAAAACCUAAUCCCUAAAGAAAAAACUUUCAUUUUCCACAUGAUAUCCUCUUUCUCAAACCAUUAGUUAGUGCAGGAUAAUCUGCAAAAAUACUACACAUUAGUCAUCUCAAAAGGAUUAAUUUUACUGUGAAUUAUGUAGAGCAGGACAUCUCAUCAGCGCACAUUAUAUAUGUAGUGAGUUAUUUACAACAGACUCUGGGCAAAUUUAUAGAUGGCAGUUGUGUGAAAGUCUAAAGCUGUCCCCAGUCUUUAUUUUUCUCCAUUGCUUCCAUGGCUUGUUAUGCCUGGAUAGCGGCAUUACAGUUAUCACCAGCUGUUGUCUGUUUGGUGAACACUUCUCCCCAUUCGGCUUAUUGAUAUAACUGCUAAUACUGGGCCAUUUGGGAGCAUCCAUAAUGCUUAGACACACACCAGUGCAUCAUGCCAAUAUGAAGUACUUUGGGAUCAAAACAGCCUUACUAUUCCUUCCUGUGUAAAAAGCUGAUAUGGCUUUCAGCUAGCUAGUGUUUAUUGUUUUUGAGGGAAGUUUUGUCUCUUCUUAUAUAUAUAUAUUUUUUUUUGUCUGAAACACUGCCAGCGUGUGUUGUUCAUUCUACUACUGUGUCAGUGCACUCGUCCCUGGGUUCGUUCAGCUCUCUUCUCUCUAUUCAGCUUUCUUUUCCCUCCACUAAUUCAAGGUAUUGACGCUGACACACAAGCAAAAGAUUAACUUCAUUAAUCCUGAUUAUUACUUUAACCCACUGAGUGAUGCCUCCACCUUUUUUUUUUUCUUUUCUCCUUUUUAAGUCUGCACAACAAAAACAACUUGGCCUUAACUGUUGCAAUUCUCUUCAUGUCUCAGCAAGCAAAGAACAAGGAUUAAAAGUGUCUAACAUCAAACUUAACAUUUCUCUCCUCUCUGGAAUUAACGUUUUGUGUCUUUGAUCUGAAAACGGGUGUUUUUGCCAAUAACACCUGUUUGUACACCAGCAAGUAGAGACAGAGAUUGGAUUACUGGCAGCCAGCCCAAAUUGUUUUUCCUCCUCUUAUAUAUUUGGAUGUUUGAGCCAUAAGCAUUUUUAUUUAUUAAUGUAGGAUCAGCCUUUUAAUGUUUUUGAUUGGCUCCUUUGUGCCGUAAUGAGCAACUUGAGCUAAAAUCCGUCCAUUAGCAGUCGAUGUAUUUAUGCUGUCACAAGCCUUUUCCCUCACGCAUGUCGGAGAGGUUUUCAAUGACUCAAAGACAUUAAGUGGCAAGUUGUUUUCCAGAGCACAAUGUAUUACAAACACUGCCUAAAAUAUUGCAUCUGUGAGUUAAAAAGUGCCUUGUCUUCCUGAGAUUGGGAAAUUAUAUAUUUUUGUACUUUUAACAUUCAAGUGCCAAUUUUCUGUCUCCCUUUAUCUCGCCAAAAGCUUUUUUUGUUGAGCACAAAAAAGCUAAAUGCCCACGCUCUUUUUUUUGUACAUACUCUUUAAAUUAGAAACUGGGAAAGUUUGACUAAAGUUUAGGAAUUUAGUCACAGGUGUUUCCCACCAUUAAACUUUGGUUUAAUGGGUCCUGUUUUAAAUUUGAUCAACUGAGAACUUUUUUUUAAUUUGCUGAUUGGACCACAGUAUGCUGUAAACGUCUGUUUGCAUACUGCUGCCAUCUCUGGCAGAGUUCUCAGUGCCUUUCCAAGUCGGUCGCAGGGCAUUCAGUGUAUUUAUCUACUAACCACCUUUUCACCUGUCUCUUUUAUUUUUCUACUGUUCUGUUUAACAAACAUUCCUCCAAUGAGUUAAACGGCAGGUUAACCAAUAAGUAUUGGUUAAUGUUAGCGAUGUAGCACUCAGGUGGUUAAAGGGCAAAUGCUACCAAAAUACAGAAUGAGAAAAAUUUAAGCCCCACUGGAAUUUUUUUUUCUUCUUUUUUUGGACUGUGAUAAAUAUGCAUAAAGAGUAUAAUACACUUUUUUCCUAAAAUUAUACUAGUAUGGUAUAUACUGUAAGUUCCUCAUCCAUAUAGUGGUGCACUAAAAUCUGUGAGAUUUUUUCUUUGUUUGUGGAGUUGUAAGUUUUUAUGUGAAGUAGCCUUUAUUUUGUUUUGUGUUACCUUGUUUUUAUAGAGGGUUAGACUGAGAAUUUUGAAUAGGGUGUAAAACAUGUAAUGCCAGUUUUUGUUGCUCACACCAAAAAGAAAAAAAAGGAAAACAAAUGUCAUGUGUGCAAUAAAGAACCAUAUUUACAAGCUUC